AUGAGCACCACUACCGUCGUCCCCAGCACUGCGGGCCCGGGCCCGAGCGGCGGGCCGGGCGGCGGCGGCGGCGGCGGCGGCACCGAGGUGAUCCAGGUGACUAAUGUCUCCCCGAGCGCUAGCUCUGAGCAGAUGCGGACCCUCUUCGGUUUCCUAGGCAAGAUCGACGAACUGCGCCUCUUCCCGCCGGAUGAUUCACCUUUGCCGGUCUCAUCCCGUGUCUGCUUUGUUAAAUUCCAUGAUCCAGACUCGGCAGUUGUGGCUCAGCAUCUGACAAACACUGUAUUCGUUGACAGAGCAUUGAUAGUCGUACCAUAUGCAGAAGGAGUUAUUCCUGAUGAGACUAAGGCUUUGUCUCUGUUGGCACCAGCUAAUGCAGUGGCAGGUCUUCUGCCUGGUGGUGGACUCCUGCCUACUCCUAACCCACUUACCCAGAUUGGCGCUGUUCCAUUGGCUGCUUUGGGAGCUCCUACUCUUGAUCCUGCCCUUGCUGCACUUGGGCUUCCUGGAGCAAACUUGAACUCUCAGUCUCUUGCUGCAGAUCAGCUGCUGAAGCUUAUGAGUACUGUUGAUCCCAAAUUGAAUCAUGUAGCUGCUGGUCUUGUUUCACCAAGUCUGAAAUCAGAUACCUCUAGUAAAGAAAUAGAGGAAGCCAUGAAAAGAGUACGAGAAGCACAGUCCCUAAUAUCUGCUGCCAUAGAACCAGAUAAAAAAGAAGAAAAACGAAGGCACUCAAGGUCAAGAUCACGCUCCAGGAGGAGGAGGACUCCUUCAUCUUCCAGACACAGACGGUCAAGAAGCAGAUCUAGAAGGCGGUCACAUUCUAAGUCAAGGAGUAGGCGACGAUCCAAAAGUCCUAGAAGGAGAAGAUCUCAUUCCAGAGAGAGAGGGAGAAGAUCAAGGAGUACAUCCAAAAACAGAGACAAAAAGAAAGAAGACAAAGAAAAGAAACGUUCCAAAACACCACCAAAAAGUUACAGCACAGCCAGACGGUCCAGAAGUGCAAGCAGAGAGAGACGACGUCGACGAAGCAGGAGUGGCACAAGAUCUCCUAAAAAGCCCAGGUCUCCGAAAAGAAAACUGUCUCGCUCACCGUCCCCUAGGAGGCAUAAAAAGGAGAAGAAGAAAGAUAAAGAAAAAGAAAGAGGCCGAGAUGAACGAGAACGAUCAACAAGCAAGAAGAAGAAAAGUAAAGAUAAAGAAAAGGACCGGGAAAGAAAGUCUGAGAGUGAUAAAGAUGUAAAACAGGUUACACGGGAUUAUGAUGAAGAGGAACAGGGGUAUGACAGCGAGAAAGAGAAAAAAGAAGAGAAGAAACCAGCAGAACCAGUUUCCCCCAAAACAAAAGAAUGUUCUGUGGAAAAGGGAACUGGUGAUCCCCUGAGAGAAUCCAAAGUGAAUGGUGAUGAUCAUCAUGAAGAAGACAUGGAUAUGAGUGACUGA